UGUGGCGUGUGCUUGAGUGCAGUACGCAGUAAAGCUCCCGGCAACAUUGCUUUUCUCAUCUGGCAGACAUGAACAACACUACGGACAAUGGACAAGAGCCAGAGCUGGCCUAUGCUCUGGUCUUUGGCUCUAUCUUGGUAAUAGGUCUGCCUCUCAAUGCUUUCUCCCUGUGGACUCUGCUAAGACACCACAGCCUCAAAUCCCCCAGUGCCAUCUACAUGGUCAACCUGGCCAUCUCUGAUCUGCUGCUCGUCAUCUCCCUCCCCAUGAGGGUCUAUUUUUAUGCCACAGGCACCUGGCCUCUGGGUAAAGAGGCAUGUAUCGGGAUCACAAUGCUCUUUCUUGACAACAUCCGCUCUAGUGCCAUCUUCAUCACCCUCAUCAGCGUGGACCGACUGCUGGCUGUGGUUUAUCCUCUGAGGUCACGGCAUCUUCGAACCGUUUGCAACACCUGGAAAGCUGUUGUGCUCGUCUGGCUGUUUGUGGGAGUGCUGAACAUCACAGAGAGAGUGUACCUUUCAACAAUCUUAAAAAGCUUCGAUGGAGCCAGCUGUUUUGAAUUUCCUCACCAUCGUACUCGUAGAUCACCAAUGGCUUAUGUAGAGUCUGCAUUAGGGCUCACCUUGCUGGCAGUCAAUAUUGUGUGCACCACUUCGGUUUCUUGGACUCUACACAAACAUCUCAGUGAUUUUGCAAGGGUCAACAGCAAGGUGAAUGUCAUGCUACUUUUUGUCAUGAGUUUGGUUAUAUUCGUUGUAUGUUUCUUGCCUCCGUCGAUUGCUUUAUUAGUUAUGGGGAGACCUUUGACUACGCCUUACAUAUGUGUGGCUAGUGCGAACUGCUGUAUGGAUCCACUGUUGUAUUACUUUUCUCUGGAUGCCUUCUGGAAGAAAAAAGAGGAUGCAGAUCUCGCAAUGGAGCCAUAGACAAGGACAUGCUAUUUUCAUGGGAAGACAUAAUAGCUUCUUGGAUGCUCAUUUGACUUUGUGAGUUUGAUGGUAAGAUGGAUUUUAUGUAUAAAAAAUCUCUUUAAUAAAAUAUUUUUGAUAUCUAGUAAAAGACGGAGAAAAGUGUUAUGAUACAGUCUAAUGUCUAAUGUACAGCUAUCACAUUUAAUUCAUGCUUAGAGUCUGUAACAUCACAGAUUCAUGCCCAGAAAGACAGAGGGCAGUUUAGGAGAAAUUGUGACCUUUUUUUUUUGGCGUUUUGCAAAAACAUUUAUUUGCUUUGCUGCUGAUAGUUAGAUAAGAAGACUGAUACCACUCACAUGUCUGUAUGGCAAUAUGAAUCUAGAGCCAGAGAUGUUUAGUUUAGCUUUAAGACUGGAAACAUCUAGCCAGCUGGCUCUGUUUGAAGGUAAAUCCUAAGUUUAAAAAUGAUACAAAUACUUUAGCAUUUGAGAAAAUGUGCUUAUUUGCUUUUGUGCUCAAAAUGAGAUGGAUAGACAGAUAAACUCUCUGACCAGAUUAAAAUGCAAAAUCUACUUGGAAUGCAACAUUUUCUUUUGUUUUCACAAACAUACACAUAAAACAUGUGUUUAUAGGUAAACAUAUACGAGACAUAUGAGAUAUGUAGGUAUAUAUUUAUGUCUAUAUAUAUAUAUGUAUACUGUAUAAAUAGUUUUCUAUUUUGCUUACUAAUUUAAUGACCUAUUUUGCUCUGUUGACAACCGUCAUUCUACUGCAGGAAGUUUAAUUAAAACAAGCAAUUUGAAUGAAUUUUGAGCAGAUUAUUUUCUGUAAAUUUUGCAUCUGGAAUGUCUGGAAUGUCGAUUGUCUGUCUGUAUGAUGUAUUUUUUUAUGACAAUUAUACAUACCUAAAAGGGUUCUCUUUUGACAAGUUUGGUGCUUUCUUCUCUGUGACACUUGUCCAUUGUUUUAUUAGCUCUUUGGUAAGUUUAACUGCAUACUUUUCUUAUGCUAGAGUAAAGGUUCUAUUAGUAUAACUUGUGUUCAGGUCUUCACUGUGCCUUUGUCCUGUGAGAUUUAUUUUAAGUUAGUGUCUUCAAUAGUAGUGCAACAAUUUUGUUAUUAAAUGAAUU